AUGACAGCUCCGGUGGUGUGUAAGAAGGUUCCAAAAAAUCUGAUUGAUCAGUGUUUGAGGCUGUAUCACGAUAACUUAUACGUAAUCUGGCCUAUGCUCUGCUACGAUGAUCUUCACAAACUUCUAGACGAAAAAUAUGAUGACUGCUACGCCUACUGGUUUUUGGUUUCCCUUUCGGCAGCCACACUCAGCGAUUUGCAAGCUGAAAUUAAGUCGGAAGAAGGAGUUUCCUUCACUGGAAGGCAGUUAUGUUCACUCUGCAUGUUAUCACGACAAUUCUUUGACGAUCUUAGUAACAGUGACAUAUUCCGAAUUAUGACUUAUUACUGUUUGCAUCGUUGUUAUGCACAGUUUGCUGAUACGAGAACUUCAUACAGACUUUCUUGUGAGGCUGUAGGCCUCAUCAAGAUAGCCGGAUUCCACCGGGAGGAAACCUAUGAAUUUCUUCCGUUUAGUGAGCAGCAACUCAGAAGAAAGGUUUAUUAUUUGCUUCUCAUGACAGAGAGAUACUAUGCCGUAUAUAUUAAGUGCGUCACAAGUCUGGAUGCGACAAUAGCGCCACCGCUACCUGAGAUUGUAACAGACCCUCGGCUUUCUCUGGAUAGCUUCCUUGAGGUGAUUAGGGUUUUCACUGUACCAGGAAAGUGUUUCUAUGAUGCUUUAGCUACUAACUGUGCCAAUGAUUCUUGUACCGAAGACUCUCUAAAAAGAAUAUGGAAUGAACUUCAUACCACGUCACUUGAUAUAGAGCCAUGGUCUUAUGGAUACAUAGACUUUUUAUUUUCCCGGCAUUGGGUUAGAACACUAGCAUGGAAGCUGGUAUUGCAAAUGAAAGGUAUGCGGAUGAAUUUUCUUUCGAAUACUAGUAAUACGCAUAUACCAGUCGAAAUUGCUAGGGACAUGUUGGGAGAUACUUUUUUAACUCCGAAAAACCUGUAUGAUGUACACGGUCCUGGUAUACCGAUGAAGGCGCUAGAAAUAGCCAAUGCGUUGGUAGACGUUGUAAAUAAGUAUGAUCACAACAUGAAGCUGGACGCUUGGAAUGUCCUGUACGAUGUAUCCAAGUUUGUUUUCUCUCUGAAACACUGCAAUAAUAAAAUGAUCGACAGGUUUUCAACGAAAUGUCAAGGUGCUCUAAUUACUUUACCCAUUUCUAAACCUUUGCAAUUAAAUGAUAAGUCCAAAGAUGAAGACGAUAUAAUCCCCUGA